AUUAUCCAAUUACAAUUUAACCCCAAAUAUCCAACCCUUGACCUACUCGCCUUCGGUGACCAUACUUGGACUACUAUUCGACCAUUCCGUUCGGGAUUCGACCGCCGGCGAUCAUUCGUGACGCGGCCAUCAACCGGCUUUACCAUCUGCACUACUUAUUCUACGAUAUUGACACUGGAUAGCGAGUAGAGAAAUCAUGGAUGACCAGAGAAAACGAACACUGGAAGCCUUAGAGCGAAGGUUUGCACAAGCAGAGGCAGAGCUUCACAAAAUGCAACAUAAGAGCAAGAAAAGGCAAAUUGAAGAUACAGGGAAGACCAGUUCUAAUAUUGAAUCUUUAUCUGCAGAUAUGGAAGCCAAAAAACCCUGUUCUAGUGCCUCGUCCAGAAAAGGCAAUAUUUCUUUCAGGGCUCAUAACACUACGCAAGAUGUAAAAGUAAAUGAGCCAGCAUACUUGGAGCUUUCUUAUCCUGCACAUGAAAAUUUGCUGCCAACGGGUGUCAAGAAUUCAGAUAGAAAAACUGCAGUUGAUCACAUUUUGCACCAACUUUUUCAACAUGGUGAUUCAGCUCGGAAGUACAUGCAGGGAUCCAAAAGCAUGAAAAUUGACAAUUUCAUCCUUCUUGAUAAUUUUGUUCCUAAAAGUAGCAGUUCUAGAUCUCGCAUUCAAGCUUUGAAGAGCCACUCAAAGCGAUCAAAAAAGCACAUGUCCCUGAAGCAACUUAAAAAAUGUGGAUCCUUUAAUUUAUCCCAUGAGUUCCACAAGUGAGUCCAUAUGGUCCUUUUUGGCCUUUCAAUUGCUUAUUUAACUUAUUGUCUUCAUAUUUUUUUCUUGUACAGCAGUGCUCGAAUUCUUGUGAUAGUAUUUCAUGUAUCCUUUCUAUAUUAUUAGACUAUUAUAUGUGUUGAGAAAAACUCUUCUCCUCAUAUUAUAUUAUGUUAAAUUUGCUUUAAGAAUUGAUUUCAAAUGUCUUUAUUAUGGUUCUUGCAACUUCCCUCCCUUUAAGAGUCAGCCAUUCACAUAUUAUGCUCGUCAAGUAAUGAAA